AUGGCAUCCAAGUUUUCCCUUUACGACACGAAUCCAGAUGUCGAAAAGUAUGUUUCUGAAGGCGUGAUAUCGGUGCACCAAUUUGUCGAAAACAUCAGCAAAGACCACAACUUGAAAGGCGCCGAGGUCAACAACCAGGCAUACUUGGACCCGAAACCGUACAUCAGAUCCUUUGAAAGCACGUUGAGAGAACUCAACAAGCUCAGUUUGGACGCCAAAGCCCAUGAAGCGAGGGGCGAAAAGGAAGUCGACUCGUUUGAGUUGAAACACUCGGAAAACGUGUUGGGCUUGAGCCAACAAAUCGCCGACACCACCGAAAAGUUCAACUUCCUAGAUGGCCAGAUCUCCGAGGUCUCUAGCAAGAUCAACCCACUUGGAUCGACGUUGAGCAAAAUCUCGACAUCGAGGGACAAGUCUCAAGAAACGAUUUUCUUGAUCAGGGCCUACCACGGCUUUUUCAUGAAAGGUGCAUAUCCGCCUCUAGAAGCAUUGCGUACGAGCACCAAGAUUGAGGAAAACACCAAAUGCGCAAAGUCCAUCAAAAACUUGAAAAAACUAGCCAGUCGUAUCAGCGACGAGUCGCUUCCCUCGACGUUGAAAUGUCUCAAGGCAAUAGAAGAUUACGGACAGACAAUGGAGGAAGAGUUGUUGCAAACUUUUGAAGUGCUCGUUGAAGGCGGCGACGAACACUCGGAUGGCAACGUCGACAUACAGAGAAUGAACAAGAUUGCCACCAUCUUGUUCGAGUACAAUAACGGGACAAACUUGAUUGAGACAUUUGUAUCCAAGCAUGCCAUCAGCAACUCGGAAGACGCCGAAGCGUUGGAGGACUUGGUGCUGUCGAAUGCGGAGAGCAGCACCGAGCUAGAGACAAAGUUGAAGGGCUAUUUUGAGAAUCUAAAGUUUGAGCUCAAGUCCAAGGCUCGCAUAAGCAAAAAAAUCUUUGACGAUGCCGAUAUGGUGUUGGGGUUGGUGUUGCAGAGGACCUUUGAUCAGGAACUCAAGCCGCUAGUGACAAAGUUGUUGUCGCGAGCAACAGAGUUCAACACGUUGAGGUACUUGACCUUACUCAACGCCUUAAAGAAGAUGGUUUACGAAUUCACCGACGACAUCAAGGACUACGUGGUGAUUGAGGAUUUCAACAAGGACGGGUCUCUUCUUGUCACUUUGGAUCAAGCUUGCGCCAACUUGUUUCAAGAAUACACCAGAGAUGAGGUGUACCUCGCCCAGGAGAAGAAGAACAUCGAAGAGGCGGUGCAAGCCACGCUCAACAAGCUAGAUUUCGACGCCUUCUCCUAUUAUUUUUCCAAGUCCGAGCCACCAGUAGACUACAAGUCAUCCGAUAGCGAGCACUCGAGCUUUGCCCACGAACGGAAAAGAUUGGCUCAUUUCAAGCAAUACGUCAUGACCAAGAUUAGCGAGAGACUGCAAAAUGAGCGAGGAAUAUCGAAACUCGAGAUUGAAGAGGAUGAGCUUGCGGCGAUUGAAGCGAUUGAAUCGUUGAUCAAAACCGUGGCUGAGUCCAUGGGAAGAGUGAUGGAGAUCUCGCCGCAAAGAACCCCCGACCACUCGCUCGUUGCCUUGAACUUGUUAAUCUCCAACUUUGACAAGCUUUCUAUACGUGAAGAGGUCCAGCUACAAGGUCAAGAUUUCUUUCUUAAUCUUUACUCGAUCCAAUUCAGAAACGAAAUCAUCUUUUGCUUGUGCACCUGUGCCAAGAUGGCCAUUUUCCCCUCCUUGGCCAGUCUGCCCGCGGCGAAAACCAAAGCCAAGGCGUUGAUCAAUGACUUUGUCAAGAGGCACGAGACUAGCAUCAACGAGCUAUUGCAGAAAACAGUCGAGUACAUCUUGUUUCAAACGCAGCAGUUGCUCAACAAGCAGAAAAAGAAGGACUUUUUGUGCGACGCCAUCGAGGAGGACACGGCAGCGUGUGAGGCAGUCAACGGGUUCUUGGAAGAGAUGUUUGCCAACGUGACCAUGGCCUUGAGUGGGGGCAACCUCGAGACCUUUUUGAUUGCCGUGGGAGCCGGUUUCCUUAACCAGUUGCUCGAGCACUACAAAAAGUUUUCCGUCAACUCCAUUGGAGGAAUCGUGUUGACGCGAGACGUGAUCCAGUACCAGAGCCGCAUCGACGAAUGGAACAUUCCUGCGCUAUCGGAAAAGUUCCAAAUCUUGAAAGAAAUCGGAAACUUGUUCACGGUGCAGUCGCUGUUGGUCAACUCGUUGGUCACAGAGGGCCAACUAUCACAAAUGAAACCUUAUACUGUGAGGCAGUACAUUAGUCAGAGAGCCGACUUUAAUCCCAGCUUGACGGAUAGAAUAUUUAGAUUUAGAUGA